AUUACGACUUCCCUCCUCUUCACUAACAGCGGACAUAACACAACAGUAAGAAAACACGGUUUCAAAUUUCAAACGACACCAAUUUAUCAUUAAAAUGACCAAACCACCCAAUUUAGGGGGGGGGGGCGCAUUAAAAAUGGUAAGAAACAGUACCUCCAAAUAACCUCCUUUUCUUUCAGAGAGAGAGAAGCGAAGCAGAACAGAGAAAGACCAUCCCUUUAUGGUUCUGAAUCUCUUUUGAUUCUUUGAUCAAUCUUUUACUACUUUCUCAUGGCUGGGCCAUGGCUGGUGGAUGGUAAUAGAUUCGCAACAAAAAUCAAGAGUGCUUCUAGCGCAAGUAAUCAUGAAAGAGUUGCAUGGAAGAGUGAUCCUUGUAAAACUUGUCCAAAUUGCCACCAUGUUAUUGACAACAGUGAUGUUGUUCAAGAGUGGCCUGGAUUACCCAGAGGGGUGAAAUUUGAUCCUUCUGAUCAAGAAAUUAUUUGGCAUUUACUUGCAAAAGCUGGCAAUGGAGGCAUAAAACCUCAUCCUUUUAUUAAAGAGUUCAUUCCAACUGUUGAAAAUGAUGAUGGAAUCUGCUAUACCCAUCCUAAGAAUCUACCAGGUGUUAAGCAAGAUGGCAGUAUAUCCCACUUCUUUCAUAGAGCUAUCAAAGCGUACAAUACUGGGACUCGAAAGCGUCGAAAGAUUCAAGGUGAUGAUUUUGGUGAUGUCCGCUGGCACAAGACUGGCAGGACCAAACCAGUGAUCUUGGAUGGGGUUCAGAAAGGGUGUAAAAAGAUUAUGGUUCUUUACACAAGUACUGUCAGAGGAGGUAAAGCUGAGAAAACUAAUUGGGUGAUGCAUCAAUAUCACCUGGGAACAGGGGAGGAUGAGAGGGAUGGAGAGUAUGUAGUUUCCAAAGUAUUUUAUCAGCAACAAGCAGUGAACAAGGGAGAAAAAACUGAAGAAGAUUUAUCUGAAAUUGCUAAUGCAGUGGUUGCAAAAGUAGAUCCAGUCACUCCCAAGUCUGUAACUCCUGACCCACCUCGUGCUGAAAGGCGAUGCCAAGAUUUUGACCUGGGAAAGGAAUCUACUAAUGUUUGCACAGAACCCUAUGCUGAGCAUCCCGGGGUUGAAAAUUUAGAAGAGGCAAAUCUUCAACAUGAAAACCCCUGUUACGAUGACCAACCAGGGAUGGAAAAUCAUGUUGAUCAAAUGGCAGGUGUUAAUGAUAACUGUGCCGAGGAAGGGACAAAAUGGUGGGACAAUGAGUCACAACAUCUGUUGGAUUCACAACAACUUGUGGAAGGGCUGUCUUUGUGCGAUGAGUUUCUUCAGAGCCAAUCCCCAAGCAGGGGUGGUCAUGGGACUGGAGCGAGUGGCAAAUCUGGUCUUUCUGAUUAUGCUCGUUUGGGGCCAGAGCACUUAAAGAAAGAUCUAGAGGAGUGCCAGAAUCUGGAACUUGAUCCAGCAAACAUAGAACUUGAUACACCUCCAGAAUUCAGACUAAGCCAGCUUGAAUUUGGAUCACAAGAUAGCUUUAUGGCAUGGGGUGAAGGCAGGGUGGCUGACUAAACAUGGUCGUGCAAUUUCAAUCCUGAUCGUGGAAGGGGGAUCAUUUUUAUGUUUUGACUUUUUUUUUCUCUUCUACUUUUAACUCCUCGUGGAUGCAUUUUGAAACUAUAAUAUUUUGCUGGAUAACUUCAAUGUCGUUCAUGUUGCCGAAGUUACUAUUAUUAUAACCUAUGCUGUAUUUUUAACUACACAUUGCUAUGGGAUUGAUCGAAGUUAUCGUC